AUGGGUUACAUGUUGGUGCGGGAAUCGUGUUUCAUAAAAUGUAUUAUCGUACAAAAUAUGGACGUGGUUUCAGUACUACACAGAACAGCCUACCCCAGAAAUAAGCAUUACCACCCCGUCGUUCUCGUUUUCAAGUAUGUCCCCGAAACAAAAUUCUGCUUCAGUUUGCUUUGGUUAGAUACGGAUACGGUGCAAAAGAGGAAUCGACGACGUCACACCGCACGUAGGUUGCCUACGGACGGGCGACGCGCCGGCGCGUCCUACGAAGAUUCCUUUUCAGGUCCGACCAGAACUUACUGCUAGUAAGAACCGGUGCAGCUGCCUCGCAUAUCCUGCCAGAACAUGGCGAAGGAAAAGGUCCUGUUUCGUUUGAGCUACGGUAAAAUACAUAAAAAUUCUAACCCUCUACGUCUACUAGCUACGUAGUUAUUUCCGAAACGGAAGAACAUGUACAUAAUUUUGGCGCGAGCGCGGGAUGAUGAACUGUUAUUUGCACAGCUUUUACGAAAUCUGGACACCGACAAGAAAAAGGCGGUUCUUGAACUUCUCAUGCACUACCCCCAAGAUGAGUCAGAGUCACGCUGUGGCUGUGUCUCGAAAAUAAAUCCAAAAUCCACCAAGCGCGAUCUCUGGAUUAGAGGAUCCGCUUUGAUGGCCCCACAUGCACAUUUUCAUACACGCCAGUGUUCCAUCAAUGUAGUGCUCCGUUUUGCUUUUUGACUUCUUUCGGAGGAAAUUGAUUUGUAUUUGACCCGC